AUGCGGGACCAAGGGAAGACGGCCCGUGCCCACGGCGGUGAAGGCAGCGGCUUCCUCACGCAGCCGCGAGGCAUGUGGGAAGCCGACUACCGGUUCGCGGUGGCGGGUCGUCUUAACCAAGUGGACACGUACAGCGUAUUGAAGCGCCGGCGCCUGCGCUCGCACGACAGGUGCCGCCAGCCAGGAUGCCAUCGUGCCGAAACACCGGCUCACGUGCUAAACCACUGUCCCAGCACGAUAGACGCGGUCCGAGGACGGCACGACGGAGCGCUCAAGCGCAUCGAGCCUCGAGUGAACCAUACGUGCCGUCACUCGUCGGCCCCGCGUUACGGCCCGAUCUCCAGCUCUACAACCACACCAAGAAGACGGUGGCGGUGGUCGACCUGGCCGUGGCGUUUGAGGAGCAGGCGACCACAAGCGAGCCAAGUACGACCGCAUCAAGCGACACCUCGAGCGCCAAGGAUGGAAGGUACACCUCUCGGCGCUCGUGUACGGGUCGCUUGGGGCGGUCGCUAG